AUGACGUUCAAAUUGAAUGCCGCAGAUCCAGAGUUGAGUUACAAGGUGAAUAUCGGAUUUAAACCCCGGAAAUUAUCACGGGCUGAGGUGUCAGAGGGAUUUAUAAAGAAUGCGAAGAAAAACAGAAAUGAUCCGGAGAUGGAGCGAAAGGCACGACGAAACGAACUAUUGAUUGACCUGAAAGCGGCAAAAGAGGACUGGUGGAAAACAGAUGCUCCAAACCACAUAAAAACAAUAGCCGAGCAUUACGGUAUUUUCAACGACCUUUAUGGAGAUGCGUACUUCUACCCCACAAUUCCUUUAGAGAUGAAAUACGAGGUGAACGAGGAAAUGAUAGCAACCGUUCACAGAGGGAAUCUAUUAAAGCCAAAUGAGACGAAAAGUAUUCCCUUUGUCAAAUAUACGGCUGAGCGGGAUUCACUGUGGACUAUUCUCCUCACAACUCCUGAUGGAAAUUUGACGAGUAGAGAGUUUGAGUAUUGUCACUGGUUCGUUGCCAAUAUUCCUGAGGAUCAAGUUGACAAGGGAGAUGUUCUGAUUGAUUACAUGAUGCCCAUUCCACCCCGUGGUCUUGGAUACUGCAGAUACAUCUGUGUUCUUUAUAAACAAGACAAAAAGAUUGAUUUCUCGGAGUAUAAGAGGGAACAACCGUGUUUGGAAUUGGAACAACGAAAUUGGAAGACACUGGAUUUCUACAGGAAGCACCAGGAUGUAAUCACCCCUGCCGGAUUGACCUUUUAUCAGGCCGAUUGGGAUGACAGUGUCCAAGAAUUUUAUCACAAAAGUUUGCGUGAGUAUUUGUGA